AAAAUUCAGAAUAUCUUUUAGUGUUUUCGUCGGAAAUGUUAUGUGAACAACAGUUUGUGGCACAUUUUGAACUGAGGACCAGUCAGUGACAUUACUAUCAGAGAAACUAACGUUAACGAGCUCCGGCGCGGAUCGAGGUUAAACUCGGCUUUAGCUAAACUAGAACAACCUGUUCUUCUUCGGUUUUUGCAAUGGACGCGGUUAUAAACUUCACAAGUCAAAGUCAAGGAAGGGACCGUAUAUUCAGGGCAACCCAGUAUGCAUGUGCUCUGUCGAUAUAUUUACUCCGAAACUACACUGAGAAAAAGGACCUUGUGGCAAAACUGAAAAGUCUGGAGAGCAACAUGAGUGCUGGACGAAAAUUGUUCAGGCUGGGAAACGCAGCAAAUUCCAUUGAAGCUGCUAAGCGAACCAUGCAGCUCACUGACCGAAUGCUGUCCCUGUGCCUCACGGCGGCCAACGCCAACCGCGCCCUCUACUUUAUCUGUGACAAUGUACUUUGGGCCAGAAGUGUCGGUCUUAUCCGCAAUAUCGACAAGGAACGCUGGAACGUAAACGCCUCUCGCUGCUACUUCUUCUCGUUAGUUAUGAGUCUGACCAGAGACGUUUACGCAAUUCUCCGGCUGAUGGUGCAGAAAACAAGAGAUGACCGCUUUAAACAGAAAAUGGAGCAGCAUCUCAACGAGAGUCCUGAGGUAGCCGAGGCUGUCAUUCCUCAGCUGGAUGCUUUUCUCUUUCUGCUUUUAGAAACUUUGAGAUCACAUCCACCUCUGGCCUUGGACACUGUGAAGAACAUUUGUGAUCUCUUCAUUCCCUUAGAUAAGCUGGGUAUUUACCACUCUAAUGCAGGAGUGGUGGGAUUUUGUGGUCUGGUAUCGUCCCUGAUUGGGAUUGUAACCCUUGCUCGGCCCGCGUUGAGACUCAAACCAUAACAAUGGUGGAGAUAAAAGUUGCUGACUAACUGCUGGUAGAAAAGGUCAAUCAUGACCGGUGUUAAAAGGAUUAAGUGUCACGUAGCAGAAGCUGUAAUGGUUAACCUGAUUAGAUGUGGCGACACACCACAGGGACGUUGUGUAACAUUAACAACAUUAACAGUAACUGAAGUGCUUGUAAUUUUCUAGAAUGACAGAAAGUUGACUAAGUUUAAAAAAAAAAAAACAAAAAAAAACUAAAAGGGAGCAAAUCAUGUUGAUAUAGAAUCCUUGUAUGUUUUUUUGUAACAGUAUGUUUGUAUUAGAAGAUCCACGGCUUGACUCUUUUACAUUCCUGUCUGCUACAACUCCACAUAAAACACCAGCAGUUUUGUAAGUACUUCUGCUUCAAAAAUAAGGGCUCUUUACUGAUGCAAGUGAUGGCAUCUGCUUCUGAAAAGCGUAUCUCUGGGUUGUGUUUGUCACUUUUAUGUGAACUGCCUUUCUUUACUCUCUAUUUUGUGAUAAAAAUCCUGCAGAGUCAAGUGAUGAACAAGCUGCUUCUCAGCCAAAUGUGCUGUCAAGGGGUAAAAAUCGUUUGGAGAUUUCAGGGGAUAUCGUACUUGUUUGUAAUUUGUCAUUCUGCCAUUCAGAGAAUGGGUUGGAGUCUGGCUGUAAGUCGAUUGAUUUAAAGAAGGUACCGAGAAUAUGGAAAAAAUAUGCAAAUCAUGUUUUUAGUAAUGAGCCACGACACCCAAAAUGAUAUGUCAGAUUCUUAAUAUAUUGUCAUGGAAUUGUAUGCUUGUGUGUUUUGAUCUUUGUGACACAGACUAAAGUGCUUUAGGGUGAAACCCAAAAACCUUCACGUUCACCGAGUAAAUGUUGAGAACAGUUCGUAGUAGUUUCAUUCAGUUCAGAUGACUGAAUAUUUUAGGUGUCAUGGUUGAUUGAAAGGUGAAUAAAACACUAUUUAAUAAACAUAAAA